CGCGCCAAAAAAGCCGCGUUCACAAUGCAUGUAUUUUUCGUGGUGAAGAUGUGGUGCAGACGUCAAGCGGCGGCCGCCAUUUUGCCGUUGUUGUUGGCCGGAUGGCUAACCGGCGAAUCUUCGGAGGCACUGACGACGUUCGGAAAAAGUAAUACUCAAGCGCCGAAGGACAUUGGACCUACGGCACCGCCAGCUCGCCAAUGCUCCCGUCAGGCAGAAUGCGCUGGAAUAAGCAGUUCUUCUUGCGUCCGGACGCACUACGAUCCUGUCACCAGAUGUCUGUGCGGGGACAAUCUGCCACCUGUCAACGGUCAAUGCGAAGCGCAGACUAAAAAUCUUUACCACGUGUGUGCUAACAGCGACGAAUGCAACGACGGUUUGAUAUGCGGCCAGCCUAACAUAACAGGCACUGCGCCUGCGCAUAUGCGCGUGUUCACAGCACAAGAUAAAAUAUGCCUAUGCGAUACUGAGAACGGGUACAAAGAGAAGGAACAUUCUUGCAACGACGCUGAGAUCUUGAAGACAUCGGUUUUAGCUCUAAUUCUGGUGAUCUGCGUCAAGAAAAUACUUGUGUGACUUUUGCUAACAGCAGACGAAUUACAUAAUUGUAAAAAAACACUUCAUUUCGCGCUCAAAGAAUCCCGCUUUAUCAAAACUGCACUUCGCUAUGUAUAAUUAUUUUCUGCUAUGCAGAAACACAACAAAGAGAAUAUAAUCACUACGUUUUAAAACACAAUUGAACUUUUGACGUUAUUAACUGUCAUUUGUGACACUAUAAAUAUACACUUUGUUGUCAAUUUUAAUGAUAGCUGUCAUGUCACAGAUGUCUGUCACAGAAUCCUUUUACUUGUCUUAGUACAAAGACGUCGUAGUAAUUAGAAAUUAUAAAGUGUUUUGUUUUAAGUUCUUUAUUAGAAGUUAGGCUUCUAUCAUGAUUACGUAGUUUACGAAAAAAUCUAUUUAAUUCAACAGCUGUCAUGAAACCAUAAAGCCACGUUUUUUUUAUUACAGACUGAAGUUUCGGCCACUCAAUUACUAACUGAUAUAAAUUUUAUAUUAAAUUACUUACCUAUUUGCAUAUUUUAUUAGUAUCUCGUGCUAUUUUCUUAAAACUGAAACUGUAGUUGAAAAUAUAAAAAUGAAAAGAUAAAUAAUUAUAUGGAAUGCGUAACCAUUAAGACAACUGCCACAAUAUUUUUUUUUGUUUAUGUGUUAGUGUAAAUGUGUUAGUUUUCCCAGAUUACUUGCAAACUGUAAAUUAUUAGUUUAUUUUUUUAGCAAACUCAAACUUCUGUUUUUGUUGAUUCGCCCAAAAAAUUAACUCCUCACUUAGAUAAGUAAGGGGGCCUCUCUUAAUUACGUUGUGGUUUUUUGAGAAUUUUUUGACACACCCUCCCCCUAAUCUCACGCGAGAUUCUUCAGAAUGUAUGUUUUGGCUGUAAACGUGUUGGAUCAUUGAGAAAAAAUCAAAAUCACAACUUGUUCUAUUACUUUUAUUGAAGACUAGCAAAGACUGGUAUUUGUGAAUAUUACCGUAAUUUAAAACAUAAAAUUAAAUAAAGAAUAUUAUACAAAAAUUAAGAAAAGAUUUAUUCUAAUGCAGUCAAUGGAGACACGUCCAUAUUUUACACCGUUUUCUGCUAGAAAACUAAUUACGAGAUUAGCCAAGACAUCCUCCCCUCCUUCCUAAGUGAGAUUUGGAAAGAUUUACCUUGAUACCCCCUAGAACACCUUACGUAAGUAAUGGCCGUACCCUUAUCUUAUUUUUAUUGACUUCCACCAUUUUUCACUUAUGUACACAUAUAGUAGUCUGUCUACGCACUUGUUUUUUAUGAUAAUUAAUAUUUAAAAGUAGUUAAGUACGUAUAUGUGUGAAAAACAAAAAUCGCGACACCUAAAAGACAAUGCUUGAGAUUAUAUUUUUAAAAAAAUAAGUAAUGUAGAUUGUGUUUCAAAUUGAACAUCUUCAAGCAUAACCAUAAAGCAUUUAAACUAAAUAAACAUAAUUUUAAAUAUUUAGUUUGUAAGACAACACAAAUACCGUCCAUAUGCCAGUAUUAUAUAAAAAAUACAACUCUUUAGCGAUAGUAGAUAUUAUAUAAUAUAAGUUUAAUGACAUUUUGUAUAAGCCUGUAUAUUAAAAAUAUAUCUUUGAAGUCAUUCUUUAUAUUUAUAAUAACUAUUCCAAUUUUGAAUUUAAUUUUCAAAAAUAGUCUGACACAAUAAUAUUAAUCGUUGAAUUGCAUCUAGUGAUGUAUCUAGACUAUUAUUACCAAUUACGUUCUAUUUUCCAAUUUCUAUAUCUUCUUUAAAUAUUUAUUAAUUACAUCAAAUAUGAAAUAUUAAUAACAUUGUUCCAUGUAAAGCACGAUUUUGUUUUUUACAAUUUUUUGUGUGGUGUCUAUUCGCUCGCUACUUUUUGCUAAGAUAAGUUACUUGAUGAUACUAGUAUAUCAAAAAGAAUGUAGAAUAAGUUUACUACUCAACAGUUUGGUUUUUUAUCUUAAUUUCAAAGAGAUAAAUUAGUAACCCUUUGAAGGAAACGGACAAAAAAUGUAUCGGCCUGUGUCCCAGAAUGAAUAUAAUAUAUUAUAAAAUCUAUAUCAUUUGAAAGUAGAUAUUCUCCAGGACAAAAGUAAAAAAAUUGCUUAAUGAUCAGCAGCGGCGAACAAAAGUUAUGAAGGUUUAGAGAAGUUGUGUAACUGUGGCAUAGUAAAUGUUGUUUUAUACAUAUUUUGUACAAUAUUAUAUGUAUAUAUUUUUAACCGGCAUUUUUUAUAACCUAAGGAGAAAGUCAUAUAAAUUUAAUGUAGGACUGCAUUGUACACAAACCGAUGAAAUAUAAAUGUAUAACCUAAUAAUAUUAUGAUUUGUAUAACACAAAACAAACCAGCUCGGCGCGGAAGGCGUGAAAGCGAAUGUGAAUUUUCUUAUUUAAUCAUUGUCAUUUGACUUGCCAACAUAAAGAUGAAAUAAUACGUAACUACUUUAUGAUUAUUUUAUUUUAUUUAAAUUUAUUUGUACACAAAUAAUGUAUUAAAUAUUAUAUUACGUUAAGUUAUUAAUAUUGUACAUUUUCGGUUCCGUAUGAGUUUAUUUGGUUUCCAUUGUUCCAAUAUUUUAUAUGGCAACGUUGGUACUGAAUCUGGAAAUCAGAAAAGCACUUUUUAUUAAGAAUUUUUUUCUGCAGCUGCUAUAGCGAAUUAAUAAUUUCUAAAAUUCUUAAUUUUUAUUGUUAUUUGUAACACAUUUACUUGUGUACCUCUGGGGCACAUUUUGUCCACCUCCUUUACAUUGUAUUUAUGAAAUAUAUGGUAUGUACGCCGACCACAAGAUCACUCUGGUGCCCUUCCAACCUUUGAAAUUAACAUACGCCGCAACAGGGUCGUCGUUGCAAACCUCUGUUACAGGCAAGAAAUUAGUGAUCCCACCGUAGGUGGAAAGCUGAGUCGGUCUGUGUUCUGGUAGGGGUGUUUCCACCCCCUGCUAGAAUUAGCCCGACUCUGUUCCUUCCCUCCUGAGGGACCUGGGACGCUCCUAAUCCCCGUUUCCCCUUUGCCCCGGGUGAAGAUUUUGGGGCAACUGGCUGUUGUGGUAUCCUAGUGGUCCCGGAAGUUUCUGGUCCCUCAGGUCCACUGGCGGAUGCGGAACCUUUAGAGACGCCGUUGAUUAAUCUUUAAUCUCAUAUCAGUUUGAAAAAGCUUUUUCAAUCUUACUCCAUGCAGCGUCCUGGGCUUCGUCUUUGUACUGCUUAGUUUUGAGUCUGUUUCCGGGGACGCACGGUUUUCUUAACGGUUGUCUCGUAUACCUCAUGUUCCGAAUUGGUUAGGUUUCACCAAUGUUGGUCAAAAUUGAGUAAUAAAGGUCACAAAUUAGAAGAGCCCCGUUUAUCAGAUGAAGGGUAUGAAAUAAGGAUAUCUUUAUAUAAUCGGAGGUACAUCGUUAAUGUCAUCGGAACUCUCCCCUCGUCACGGUACUUUUCACAACUUGGCUUGGGUUCCGUCCUCCUUUAUCCGGGCUUGGGACCAGCACCAUACCAACCCAUUGAUAUAGGGUAUAGAGGCGGAGUUAUUUGAUACAUAGGUACUUGUAUAUUUUAUACAUCAUUCAUGACACUUUAAUUCUUUUAUUUCCUUUAUUAAAUUUUUCUUUAGAAAUUGUUAGCAUAAUAAUCAUUAAUUGAUUUGAUUAAAGUAGGUAAUAAAUGUGAUAGUUUUGUGUAUUAAGAUAUAAGUUUCGUGUUUUCAAUAAAUUAUUAUCUUACUGCACGCUU